GACGGAUUUAAGGUCGACAAGUGCCAAUCAACAUCGAGGUGUACAGGACAAGCUGUGAACCACAUGUGGAGAUAUUUGAACACUUCACUUCUACCUGGAGUUUGUGUUAAUGAUGUCGUUCAGAAGAACGAUGAAAGCUCUAGCCCAGAGAACAAAACUUCAUCAAAAGCAGAUACUUAGUUACAAAGUUAUUGGAGCUGAAGAAGCAUUGAAAAAUGAUCCGCGUGUUUGUUCAAAUUAUUCUACAGAUUAUGUAGAAAAAACUUAUAAAGCUUAUCAAAAUUUCAAUGGUGGAAAUGCUGUGUUCACAUUACCAGCUGGACCAAUUAAAUGCGCUGGUGCACCACAAAAAGUUAUGUACCUAUUUGAAGACUACAUGAAAAGGUCUGGUAAAAAGAUUUUGGCAAAUAUUCAUUAUUUUACUGCUACUAAUAAAAUGUUCUCAGUUGAUAAAUAUUCAGAAAAUUUAACAGAAAUCUGUAAAGAACGAAAUAUCACUUGUAAUUUAUCAUAUAAUUUAGUUGAAGUAGAUUCACAAGCUAGUGAAGCAGUAUUUCAACACAUGGAAACUAAAGAACUUAAACGAAUCAAAUAUGACUUUUUACAUAUCACUCCACCAAUGUGUUGUCCGGAAAUUUUAACUAAAACACCAAAAUUAACUAAUCCAAAAGCAUCUGAUUAUGUAGAUGUCAAUGUGAAAACAUUACGACAUAAUCAUUAUGAUAAUAUAUUUGCCCUUGGCGAUUGUGCUGCAUUGCCCACAUCGAAAACUGCUGCAGCUGUAGCUGGUCAGGUGGGAACAUUAGAAAAGAAUAUCUGUGAUAUUAUUAAUGGUGGUCAAGGAAAUGUUUCUGAAUAUGACGGAUAUACAGCUUGUCCUAUAGUUACAGGUUAUAAUCGUGGUAUUAUAGCGGAAUUUGAUUAUAGAGCUAAACCAUUAGAAACAUUGCCUAUUGAUCAAGGGAAAGAACGUUAUUUAUUCUAUUUUACAAAAACAUACCUUCUACCACCACUUUAUUGGGAUGGACUUUUAAGAGGAAUAUGGUCUGGUCCAAAAACUAUCCGAAAUCUGCUGCACUUACAUCGACCUUCAUAUUCAGAUGCAGAAAAAUGAUCGUUUAAAUACCUUGAAGAAAAAUAAUAAUUUUCUGACAUUUCCCAUGUAUUCUUUCUCUUAUCAUGAGCGUGUGUGUGUGUGUGGAUGUGUAUGUAUGUGCCUAUUAUUAUGUAAUUGAUUAUUUCCUAAACAUUUACACAUUGUGUUCUAGUUCCAUUGACUUUUUCUCUCUAGUUUCAUGUUUGCGUAACAAAAUAAUAACACAUUUUCAUUUUGUUCAUUGAUUUGAUUGUUAUAGGUAAGUGUGCAUUUUCCUCGUCAACGAAUAUCAUAAUAACGUCCAUUCUCAGAUGUCAAUGCCUAUCCCUUUAUACCUUUUAAUGGUCGUCUACUGAAUUACGUAAUCAUCAAUAGCUACUAUUCAACUAAAUGAAUAUUAUAUAUGUUAUGCACAUUGUAAAGGUUUCGACACUGAUAAUGUUCAUAUACUUAGUUAAGUUUGAUGAAUGUUUAUUGUGUGAACACAAUACUUAGAACUGGAGGUAUGCAUCCAGUUCAUGAAAUUCCUUGUAGGAUGCAUAUACCCGUCUUGGAUUUAACUGUUAUUUACUAUCUAGUAGUACAAUGUUACAAAUAAUAAUUGAAGAAUUUUACCAUUAUCAACAGUAUCAUAAAUUUUAUUUGAAUAUCGAUUUGAGCAAUAGUUUAUCAGCUUACUAAUGACUCUACUUCUAACCUGUUAUGUUCAAGGUAAAAUUCUGCUCUAGGUAGCCACGUCGUACAAUCACCAACUCUUACAUUAAAAAAAAUGUUUGACAGUAAAUCUCAUUUUUCUAUAGUUUACGUUACAAAAUAACUUCAGUUAGACAACCAUUCAAUAACAGAAGGGAUUGAAUAGUUAUGGAACAUUUUAAUAACGCUACUCCACCUUUAUAUUAAUGAUAAUCAUUUAAAGUGUUAAUUCCUGUAGUUCUAAUGAGAGGUCAUGAUCAGUGUCGUUCAACCAUGUCGGUUGUGGGUCAGGUUUUUACCAGUGGCUGUUAGUCCGUCAAACUAAACGUAGAACCUGACACAUGUGUCAUUUGAUUCAAGUUGCCAUACCCCAUCAGUAUAGCAAGACGAAACUUUCAGGGAAAAUCCCUGAGUAUUUGGUUUAAUAACAGUAUUAGUGAUAAUAAAAAAAGGUUACUCGCCAAAGGUACGAUUCUAGAAAAAAAUAUAUAAAUUAGCGAAAUUUAAAAAACCUUUAUGAGGGAAUUUAUAAACUUGGAAUCUAAGGGGAAGACAAAUAGUGAAUACAGCUAUGCCACAUCAAACGAUUGUUAGCUAUGUCACCUAAAGUUCCUGAGUGCUUGUUUCACGCAGACCUAAACCAAGUAGUAUGGACCUACCUACAGACUCAGUCCAAUGAUGAAUGUCUUCAAGAACAGGUGCCAUAUCUUAGUUUGGCACCCACUUUUUUUCUCCCAUCAUACUACAGUGAACACGAUCACGCGUCAAGAUAGUUUGUGGGUGAGCUUACGUAAAGCGUGUCCUAUUAGUCUAAAUCGAUAGAUGCUCACUACCUAAACCUAUUUGUCAUACCUGAUACUCAGAGUUGCUAGCUCAAUGGUCCCAAGGUAUAAAAAAGUGGUUCGAAGACGCAUGACCAAAUAUUAGUGAACUACGAGUAUCCUGUACUUUUAGCGACGACGUGUAACAGCCACAAAGUAAAAUGGAGCAGAAUGUUAAGGAAUUAACUCAUCAUUUGUUUGGCAGACGGACAUCUUGCCCAAGUCACAUGUGAUGCAACUGGUUAGAAGUCAACCAAGCUUGCUGAAUUCGUACAGAGAUUCCGUCAAACACCGACUCAACAGGACCGGUGAAACUUCCAAGAAAAGGGGAGUGAUCGAUGUAUUCAAGUACUUCACUCCUGGUCAUUGAAAUGUCAAUUGGUUAAAGUUAUAAAUCUAAACCAUUGGACUCAAACUCAGAUAUGAAUGCCAAGCAGUCACCUUGGAACUUAGAGAUUCUGGUUUUAGUCUAUGGUAAGAUGAUGAACUCACUUAUUCAAAGAGUCCCAUUCUAAAACGAUAUAGCUAUUCGAUGCUUUCUAGUUUUCAAUGUUUAUCUUAUUCAUAUCAGUUUGUAAUAUAAAUCAUAAAAAUUUAACGAUUCAUUACAUUGAGUCGCAUUAUUAUUCUAAUUAAUGGCAGAUUUCUUAUCUUAUAUCAUUAUACUGUGUAUAGUAACUACAAGUUGAACGUGUUAAC